AUGGCUACCCUUCGACGUCGAUUCGGCGAGAUCUUUAGCUCCAGCUCUUCAACCUCGAGUCCUCCCGCCACCGGCGCUGGUACUGCGGAAUCCCCGCCACAUGACACUCCUGAUGAUGCCUACGACGGUGCAACGACGACGCUUAAUGAGAAGGAAAAUAGGAAGAGUGAUGCAAGAAGAAAUGAAACCCUCGAGGCCUCGCUGAUCGCGAGCAGCCAGCAGCAACAGCAACCACACGAAUGUGCUCCUAAAAGGAGGAGUAAACGACGAAACGGACUUAUAUUCGGGCUGGGCGGCCUGUUUGGGUUAUGCGUUGCCCUGUUUUUCGCGAAUCACAAUGAGGUUAUUAGUUUGGAUGGGCUGAUGGAUUUAAAUCUCGAUUCGUUGAUUGAUGUUAUACCAGCAGGUAUACUCAAAGACGCGAGUGAGUUCUCGAAGCAAGAACGCGACGCGAUCAGCUCCGAUGCGUUUUCCGUUGGCCUGAAUCUUCAGGCCCAGGGCCUCCACGCACAGCACCCGGUCAUCAUGAUUCCAGGGGUAAUAUCAACGGGGCUGGAAAGUUGGGGCACGGACGAAAAGUCUCGGCAGUAUUUCCGCAAACGGCUAUGGGGAAGUUGGACCAUGAUGAGAGCUUUGGUGCUAGACAAGUCGGGCUGGAAGCAGCAUAUUAUGCUGGACAAGAAGACGGGGCUAGACCCGCCGGGUGUGAAGCUUCGCGCUGCGCAAGGGUUCGAUGCCACGGAUUUUUUCAUAACGGGAUACUGGAUCUGGAACAAAAUCCUGGAGAACCUUGCGACGAUUGGGUAUGAUCCCACCAACGCGUUCACCGCCGCCUACGACUGGCGGCUUUCAUAUAUUAAUCUCGAAACGCGUGAUCAUUAUUUCACCCGGCUGAAGAGCCAUAUAGAAGCAGCUGUCAGGCUGUCAGGCAAAAAGGUGGUUCUGGCUUCGCACAGCAUGGGCUCACCAGUUGCCAUGUUCUUUUUCAAAUGGGUGGAAAACGAACAUCACGGUGGUGGAGGGCCGCAAUGGGUUGACAAGCACAUUGACUCCUGGAUAAAUAUUAGUGGCUGCAUGCUUGGAGCAACGAAGGGCCUGACAGCCGUUCUAUCUGGGGAGAUGAGAGACACAGCUCAGCUCAAUGCCUUUGCGGUAUACGGCCUAGAGAAAUUCCUCUCCAGGGAUGAACGAGCAGAAAUAUUCCGCGCAAUGCCAGGAAUAUCCAGCAUGCUACCCAAAGGCGGCGACGCGGUCUGGGGCAACGGUACUUGGGCCCCUGACGACCUGCCCGGGCAGAACUUCACCUACGGAAACUUUCUCUCCUUCCGGGAAUCCAACUCGUCCUGGACCAAACACAACCUCACCGUCGACGCCAGCCUGAAAUACCUGUUCAACCAGUCCGAGCCGUGGUUCCGCGACCAAGUGCACCGGAGCUACUCGCACGGAGUCGCGCACACGCGCAACGAAGUCGAAGCCAACGAGGCCGACCCGCGCAAGUGGCUCAACCCGCUCGAGGCGCGGCUGCCGCUCGCGCCCAACCUCAAGAUCUACUGCUUCUACGGCGUCGGCAAGCCCACGGAGCGCAGCUACUUCUACCGCGACGACAACGACCCGCUCACCAAGCUGCACGUCAGCAUCGACACGUCCGCCACCAGCGGCGACGCCAUCGACCGCGGCGUGGCCAUGAGCGAGGGCGACGGCACCGUGAACCUGAUGAGCCUGGGGUACAUGUGUGCCAAGGGGUGGUCGAUGAAGCGCUUCAACCCCGCUGGCGUGAAGGUGAAGGUGUACGAGAUGCCACAUGAGCCCGAGCGGUUUUCGCCGCGUGGCGGGCCGAAUACUGGCGACCAUGUCGACAUCCUAGGCCGGUCGUCGCUGAACGAACUAAUUCUUCGCGUGGCCGGCGGCAAGGGGGACGGUAUUGAAGAGCGGUUCGUGUCGAAGAUCCGCGAGUAUUCGGAUAGAGUGAAGAUAUACGAUGAUUGA